AUGGUGAAGCAGACCAUCCAGAUUUUCGCGAGGGUGAAGCCCACUGUCCGGAAGCAGCAACAAGGGAUUUAUUCCAUAGACGAAGAUGAAAAAUUAACACCUAGCUUGGAAAUUAUUGUACCUCGUGAUUUGGCAGAUGGAUUUGUGAAUAAUAAGCGAGAAAGCUACAAAUUUAAGUUUCAGAGGAUUUUUGAUCAGGGUGCAAACCAAGAGAUGAUUUUUGAAAACAUUGCCAAACCAGUUGCCGAGAGUGUCUUGGCAGGUUACAAUGGAACCAUCUUUGCCUAUGGGCAGACAGGCAGUGGUAAGACCUUCACCAUUACUGGCGGCGCAGAACGCUACAGUGACAGAGGCAUUAUCCCAAGGACACUGUCAUAUGUUUUUGAGCAAUUACAAAAGGACAGCAGCACAAUAUAUACAACGCACAUUUCCUAUUUGGAAAUCUACAAUGAAUGUGGUUAUGAUCUAUUGGAUCCAAGACAUGAAGCCUCCAGUUUGGAAGACUUGCCGAAAGUGACAAUAUUGGAGGACGCUGACCAGAACAUUCACCUGAAAAACCUGUCUCUCCAUCAGGCAGCAACAGAAGAGGAAGCUCUGAAUCUGCUUUUCUUAGGAGACACCAACAGAAUGAUUGCAGAGACUCCAAUGAACCAAGCUUCAACUCGUUCCCACUGCAUUUUUACUAUUCACUUAUCAAGCAAGAAGCCAGGAUCUGUGACUGUCCGCCAUGCCAAACUUCACUUGGUUGAUCUGGCUGGUUCGGAGCGAGUUGCGAAGACUGGAGUGGGAGGCCUACUUCUGACAGAGGCCAAGUAUAUCAACUUGUCCCUUCAUUACUUAGAGCAGGUGAUCAUUGCUCUUUCAGAAAAACACCGUUCCCACAUUCCCUACAGGAACUCCAUGAUGACCAGUGUCCUAAGAGACAGUCUUGGAGGGAACUGCAUGACGACCAUGAUUGCAACACUCUCUUUAGAGAAAAGGAAUAUUGACGAGUCUAUAUCUACAUGCAGAUUUGCACAACGAGUGGCUCUCAUAAAGAAUGAGGCUGUUCUCAAUGAAGAAAUAGAUCCUAGAUUGAUGAUUAUACGCCUACAAAAAGAAAUCCAGGAGCUGAAGGAUGAACUGGCCAUUGUCACUGGGGAGCAGAGGACAGAGGUGCUCACAGACGCGGAGCUCCUUCAGCUGGAAAAACUAAUAACCUCCUUUCUGGAAGACCAAGAUCCGGAGAGUAGACUAGAGGUUGGCACUGAUAUGCGUAAAAUUCAUCACUGUUUCCAUUAUUUAAAGAAACUAUGGAAUGACAAGAUCCAUGUAAAAAGCACAGUCUCUUCAGAAGUCAAAGAUCAAGACUGCCAAGAACCACUAAAAGAGGAAGAAUAUAAAAAGCUAAGAGACCUUCUACAGCAGAGGGAUAAUGAAAUCAAUAUUCUGGUCAAUAUGCUAAAGAAGGAAAAGAAGAAAGCUCAGGAUGCUCUCCACUCAUCCGGCAUGGACAGAAGUGAACGUGGACACUCACAGAACCCGCCGUCUCUGCCUGGGAACCCAGAAGGUCUGAGGACUCUGCCUUCCUCAGCUCCCACACAGGCCCAGGAUGUCAGCACUUCUGAGUAUAAAUCCAGUUUGCUCCAAAGAAAAACAGGGACAAGAGAGGAAAUGUCAUUAGGACGACAAGAGGCUUUUGAAAUCUUCAAGAGGGACCAUGCUGACAGCGUUACCAUCGAAGACAACAAGCAGAUUUUGAAGCAGAGAUUUUCUGAAGCAAAGGCCCUGGGAGAAAGUAUAAAUGAAACAAGAAGUAAAAUUGGUCGCCUGAAGGAAGAAAUCACCCAGCACCAUAUGCAGCAAGUAGCUCUAGGUAUCUCAGAAAAUGUAGCCAUGCCUUCGAUGCCAGACUUGGUGGAAGAGAAGCUUCGAUCACAACUGGAGGAAGAAAAGAGAAGGUAUAAAAUGAUGUUCACACGCCUGAAGGCCCUGAAGGUGGAGAUCGAGCACUUGCAGUUGCUCAUGGACAAAGCCAAGGUGAAGUUGCAGAAAGAGUUUGAAGCCUGGUGGACCGAGGAAGCCACCAGCCUGCAGGUAAAUUCUCCAGCAGUGAAUUCACGCAAUCAAAUGAAGCCCUUUCCCCAGACACCUGAGUCCCAGCGUGAAAGGCCUCAGCUUCUCUGUAACCAAAGUGAUGCGAAUGCCAGGAAGAUCUUGCCCUCACCUUGCCCCGUCCUGCCCAGCCGGGAGCCCGGCAGCACCAGCGCCUCCCUGGAAGGCAGCGUCCCUGAGAAGCCAGCGUCAUCUGUCCCUCUCACUGGGGACAGCCAGAUUGACUCCGACAUCCUGGCAUUCAUCAAGGCCAGACAGAGCAUUCUGCAGAAGAAAUGUUUCCACUUCCUACCAGCCCGCUGUCUGCCCCACCCCCUGGUGUGGGAGCCCAGGGAUGGCUGGGGCAAGCCAGGCAGGACAUUGGAGCCAAAGACAAAGCAGCGGAAAGCAAAGCAUCCUGAUGGCCAGUCCUGAUCUCCCAAACCACACCUUCCGCAAUCACCCUCACAGCCCAUAUGACCCAUAGGCAGCAACUUAAUGAGCGGUAUUUAUGGGGAAUCACCUACCCUGCAGAAUCCAAGGACAUCAUUGCACCCUGGGAGCCAUGGAUGGCUCUGCAGAGAGCUUGGGAGGGGCAGUGUGUGACCUUGGGCCUCACACCCUCACCCAGCCUCGUGGGGCUCUGCAGGAUCUGGGCCAAAAUUUCCCCCUCCCACCAGGAAAACAGAGCUGCUGGGGGCUUGCCUCAGUGAGCCCUUGCAGCAUUCCGGGGCUUGGCUGCAUGAUACAACAGUAGGCCCUGGAGGGCAGUGGCAGCAAGGUCCCAAGCCAGCAGUAGGUGGGGAGGGGUGUGGAGUGGGGAGAGGAAGGGCAUCUGAAAUGAAACUAAUUGAAUAAAGGUGUUUG